AUAUUAAUGCAUUCAGAAACACAACAGUUCUAUAGUUACACACUGGUUGAAUCAACGUUGUUUCUACGUCAUUUCAAUGAUAUUACGUUGAACCAACAUGUAAUAGACAUUGAAUUGUCUGUGCCCAACCUUUUUGUCCAAAUGUGUGUGCAUAGAAUGUUUUGAUGGUUUAUACAGCAAAUGGACUUCCACGCUUGUGGUUAUUAUAGGCCUUGCACAUUCUGUCAAUGAAGUGUUUUCUCAGACAGAGAGCAUUUUAUGUUAAUGCCCGUGGCUGCUGGGAAGUCAACACAAGCAACACCACUGUUUUCAUGUUUAAGUCCUCACCAAGCACAUGUUUAGAUUCCACCUGAGGUUAUGUUCUCUAAUUUUGUCUCCAUCAGUUUGUCCUCAUUUUCCUUUUGAUUGGGAACUGAACAGAAGCUAAUGAAUAAAACACACUCACUUUUAAUCAAGACCAUGGGUUCUUCCCUGAUAUACGUGUUUAAUAUGAUGUCGUGUUAGUUGAACAAAGAUGGGCUAUAAAGUAACAUAGUGUGGACCCUAAAGAACCACAAUGGAAAUCAGCCUUCUUUUGGCUUCAUUGUGUUUUAAAUUCAAUCAAUAAACCAAUCAGCAAAUCAACCAAUCAAUCUCUUAGUCCAUGUAAAGAUGUGCAGCUCUGUUUGUCCUAACAGCUCUACUGUACCUUAAUGUGUUCCUACCUUUUUAUAUACACAUUUUCUCCAUGAAAAUAGGAGUUGGGACGCACACAAACCCAGCCCCAGGGCAGCCAACUAGCAAGCAUCAGGCUUCCUGAACACUAAACAGAAGCAGGCCUUGAUCCACCACUGCCCCUCCUACUGCGAAGCCAGCCCAACACGGGAAUACAAAAUAUGGGGGAUGUGCAGCUUGUGACAACGCGGAUCUCCAAGACCAGCCUGACACAAGGCCGAGGUUCCCCAAGUCAGGAUCCUCCAGCCUUCACUCUCCCACCCCGCAAUGCCCGGGUCAGUCCGGGAGGGACAGCGCGGCUGGAUGGGAAGGUGAGAGGAUACCCUGAGCCCCAGGUCACGUGGUCCAGGAAUGGGAAAGCGGUGAUAGCUGGAGAGCGGUUCGUCAUGGAACAGAGUAGCCGUGGAACCUUCAGCCUGGUGGUACACGGUGUCCAGGAGGAGGAUGCAGGGCGUUACACAUGUGAGGCUGUCAACGAUGCUGGGAGCCGCCAGGUCACAGUGGAGAUCACUAUAGAAGGGAACACAGGGAAGAAAUCCAGCCUCCCCUCCUCCAGUAGAACAGGCGGGCGGUUUGGAGUGUCAACCAUGGAGAGCAUGCCCAGUAUCUGGGGGGAGAGCCCCCCUAAGUUUGUGACAAGGCCCUCACGCAUCUUUGUCCGAAUGGGACAGAGUGGCAAGUUCUCUGCCAAAAUCACAGGACGCCCACAGCCCCUGGUUACCUGGCUUAAGGGAGAUGAAGAGCUUCAUACUUCUUCCCACUUCAACAUGUUUGAGAAGUCGGGAAUCCACUUCCUGGAGAUCCGAGACGUAUGUGUGGACGAUGCAGGAAUGUACACCUGCUCUGUGGCCAACAGUGCUGGGAAGGCCACGGCUACAGCAGAGCUGAAUGUUCAGGGUUCAGGCAGUGAGGCUGGCAUCCUUGGUCCCUCUGCUCUGGUGGCCCCUGUCCCAAAGACAACUGACUCACCCGAAGUCAAGCACACAAGUAACGGCCUGCUCGCUGACCGGCGUUCACCUACCAAGACAGGAGACAGGACUGAGACCAGAGAGAGACUCACCACACUCACCAGGGAGACCAAAGACAGCACAGAGCUGACCAAAGCAACAUGGAAGGCCACCAUGGCGUCUCCCAAGCCCCCUGCAGACCUGCCGGAUGAGGCCCCUAGAAAGCCUGGGGUGGCAACCCCAAAGACUGCCAGCUCCACCACUCUGCAACACCAUCUAAGAGGCCAGGGGGCUGCUAGGACCAGCCCAGACCCACACAACAUAGCCCCUGAGAGGGAUACAAGGGAUAGGGUGAAGACCCCCCCAGUGGGAGUCCUGAGCCCCCCACAGCCAUCUCCAGAGCCCACUAGAGAGACUAGAAGGCAGGUCAGAGAGAGCAGGUCAGCGAGGGCAGCAGUGACUGCUGGAGCUCCACCAAAAUUUGACUCUGUACCUCAGAGCCAGGACACUAAAGAGGGGACCAAAGUCGUAUUCAAAUGCCAAGUCUCAGGUUCUCCCGUGGCUGGCCUGAGCUGGGUUAAAGAUGGCUUCCCUUUGAGACCCAGAGCAGGGCUGAGCUUCCAGCAGGAUGGCAACACUCACAUCCUCACUGUGGACAACGUCCAGAAAAGGGACAGUGGGACGUACGGAUGCACCAUGACUACUAGCACCGGGAAGGUGUCCUCGACUUGGGACCUCACGGUCAAGAACCCACGGCUGGAGGGCAAGCCCCCUGCGUUCAGCACUGUCCUGAAGGGAUGUUCAGUGAGUGAGGGCCAGGACUUCCUUCUGCAGUGUUCAGUGGAGGGGGAGCCUCUACCUAACAUCUUCUGGCUCCUAAACGACAAGCCAGUGCCGCAUGCCCACUCUGCCUUUGAGAAUGGCCUGACCCAACUCACAGUCCAGGGUGCACUGCCAGAGGACGAAGGCCAGUACGCGUGUGUCGCUGAGAACAGCCAUGGGAGAGCAGUGUGCACUUCCAGAGUCAUCGUCAAAGCUAAGAAACAUUUCAAGAGGACGGACCAUCCAAAUGCAGUUGACACCAAGAAGCCAUCGAAGCCGUCUGCCCCUGUAUUCCUACGAGGUCUGAAGGAUCUGAAAGUCAUGGACGGUAGCAAAGUCAUCAUGACCGUGGAGGUGAUGGGGAAUCCUCAUCCAGAGAUUGUGUGGCUCCACAAUGGAAAGGAGAUCCAGGAGUCGGAGGACUUCCACUUUGAGCGGAAAGAGAGCCAAUACAGUCUGUUCAUCCAGGAAGUCUUCCCUGAGGACACUGGGAAGUACACCUGUGAGGUGUGGAACGAAGUGGGAGAGGUUCGCACCGAGGCCUCGCUCACUGUACAAGAGCCCCAGGACGGGGUGCAGCCCUGGUUCAUCACUAAGCCCAAGUCCACCACUGCCUCCUUGGGGCAGAAUGUCCUGCUGUCCUGUGCCAUUGCUGGGGACCCCUUCCCCCAGUGGAGCUGGAUGAAGCAGGGCCAGGUGGUGACCACUGGGCUGGACUAUGAGAUUCUGCAGAAAGAGGAUGUGGUGUCGCUGCUCAUCAGGCGAGUUCGGUCCCACCACGCCGGGGACUACGAGAUCAGUCUGAGGAACAAAGUGGGAGAAUGCAGUUGUGUUGCCACUCUGUUGGUCAGUGAGGGUGCUGUGGUGUCCAGUGGAGAGCACCAAACGCUUGAGCCUUGUCAGCGUGUGGGAGGAGUGGACGGGACAGUGCGAGGCAGAGGAGCACCGAGCAGCAGCCCUACCAGCAGCUCCAUUCAGCAGCAGCAGGAGCCAGUGGAGUCAGAGGAGCCCAGCGCAGCCCGGGGACUCCUGAAGAGGCGCGUGGAGACCAAGGAGCACCGCGAGGACCAGAUCCGCCUGCAGGAGGCCGAGCAGCGCGACUUCCGCACGGUGCUGGGCAGGAAAGUCACCACCAAGAGCGUCUCCGAGGAGGACCUGAAGGAGAUCACGGCGGAACAGAUGGACUUCAGGAGCCAGCUCCAACCCAGAGGGGUCAAGCCGAAGACCCUGUCUGAAGAUGAGAGGAAGGUCAACGCUCCCGCGCAGGUGGACUUCAGAGCCGUCCUGGGGAAGAAGGGGGGAGCCGCGAAACCAGGCGCCGCUCCUGCCGAGAAAGGAGAGCCUGCAGAUUUUAGAUCGGUUCUGGCCAACAAGAAGAAGCAGACAAGCUUGGCGAACAACGGGGAGAGCCCUGCUCCAGCAGCAGCUCUGGCACCGGCAGCAGCAACACCCAAAGCUCCUGCUUCUUCCCCUGACAAGAAAGAGAAGGAGAAGGAGAAGAACGCUGUCAACUGUGUGGAUGGUGGGAUUAUUGAUAAGAAGAAUAACAACAUUGGAAAGGAGCCAGCGUUCAGUCAGAAGCUGAGUGAUGUGAGAGUGGUGGACGGGGCUCGACUGCGGCUACAGUGCCAGGUGACCUGUGACCCCCCUGCUACUACUACCUGGACACUAGACGGGAAGGUCAUCAAGCCCUCCAAGUUUAUCAAGCUGUCCAACGAAGGAGGCCAGUGCUCCCUGACCAUCGACAAGGCCCUGCCCGAGGACCAGGGCCAGUACAAGUGCCGGGCAGAGAACUCUGCCGGUAAAGCUGAGUGUUCCUGCAUGGUGCUGGUGGAUGAUCCUACAGACACAAACUCGACUGCAGCUGACAAGAAGAUCAAGAAGCCAUCCACCCCUACCUCAGAGAGUGAGGCAAGGAUAAAGAAACCGAAUACAAAGAUGCCUCCUAAACAGGCUAUGCCCCCUCAGAUUGUCCAGUUCCCAGACGACAUGAAGAUUCUGGCAGGGGAGAAGGUGGAAAUUCUCUGUAAGUUUGGAGGAGCUCCACCAGUCAACUGCACCUGGCUCAAGUUCCGCAAACCAAUUCAAGAGGUCAAAGGUGAUUUAACCAUUGAAACCACUGAUGCUACCAGUAAACUGACCAUCGCAGACAGCCAGCAGGACCACUGUGGCUGCUACACCAUCGAGCUGCGAAACAGCUACGGCUUGAGACAGGCAGCUCUCAACCUUACCAUUGUCGACAAACCUGAUCCCCCUGCCCGAGUUCCAGCCGCCUCAGACAUCCGCCGCUCCACCCUCACGCUGUCAUGGUACGGCCCCACCUACGACGGGGGCAGCGCCGUCCAGUCCUACAACCUAGAGAUAUGGAACUCAGUGGAUAAGGAGUGGAAGAACCUGGUCUCCUGCAACAGCACCUCCUAUAAUGUCCAGAACCUGCUGGGUCAGCGCCAGUACAAGUUCAGGGUGCGAGCGGUCAAUAUCUACGGCAUCGGGGAGCCCAGUGCCGAGUCUGAGGCUGUCACAAUGUUAGAGGAGGAUGUAGAGGAAAAGGAGGAUGUUGAGGAUGAUGAAGAGAAAGAGCCAGACUACAGAGAUGUGACCGUUAGAACAGAUGUGAAAGUCAAGGAUCUGUAUGAUGUGGAGGAGAGGCUCGGAACGGGGAAAUUCGGACAGGUAUUCAAACUUUUGGAGAAGGGAACGAAAAAGCAUUGGGCUGGAAAGUUCAUCAAGGCCUAUUCUGCAAAAGAGAAAGAUAAUGUGAGACAAGAGAUUGCUAUAAUGAACUCCCUCCAUCACCCCAAACUUGUCCAGUGCAUUGAUGCCUUCGAAGGCAAGUCGGACAUCGUCAUGGUUUUGGAAAUAAUCUCUGGCGGGGAGCUGUUUGAGCGUAUCAUCGAUGAAGACUUUGAGCUGACAGAAAGAGAGGUCAUUAAGUACAUGCUGCAGAUUGUGGACGGGGUUCAUUACAUCCACAAGCAGGGCAUCGUCCAUCUGGACCUCAAGCCUGAGAAUAUCAUGUGUGUCAACAAGACCGGUAGCACCAUCAAACUCAUUGACUUCGGCCUUGCUCGCAGACUAGAAAGCUCUGGAACAUUGAAAGUUCUGUUUGGAACCCCUGAGUUUGUGGCCCCUGAAGUGAUCAACUAUGAAGCAAUCAGUUACCCAACAGACAUGUGGAGUAUAGGGGUCAUCUGCUACAUCCUGGUGAGUGGCCUGUCCCCAUUCAUGGGGGAUAACGACAACGAGACCCUUUCCAAUGUGACCUCGGCCACCUGGGACUUUGAAGACGACGCCUUCGAUGAGAUCUCAGACCAUGCCAAAGACUUCAUUACCAACUUGCUGAAGAAAGAUAUGAAGGCUAGACUGACAUGUGAUCAGUGCUAUGAGCACCCGUGGCUAAAACAAGACACUGGCAAAAUGGAGGCCAAGAAGCUGUCCAAGGAGAGGAUGAAGAAGUACAUCUUGAGAAGGAAAUGGCAGAAAACCGGACAUGCAGUGCGGGCCAUCGGAAGACUGUCAUCAAUGGCGAUGUUGGCGGGCGUCAGUGCCAAGAAAGGCUCCCCUACUGAAGAGGACAACCAGUUCCUUGAAUGCCUGGAGUAUGAGGAGAAAACCCAGGUCAAGCCCACCUUCAGCUCAGUCAUCAAGGAUGUGGAGGUGGUGGAGGGGAGCGCAGCCAGAUUUGACUGCAAGAUCGAGGGCUACCCUGAUCCAGAGGUGGUGUGGUACAAAGACGAACAGCCGAUCAAGGAGACCCGCCACUUCCAGAUUGAUUACGACGAGGAGGGCAACUGCAGCCUGGUGAUCUCGGAAGUGAACGGCGACGACGAUGCCAAAUACACUGUCAAGGCUGUCAACAGCCUGGGCGAGGCCACGUGCACAGCCGAACUCCUGGUGGAGGUGAUGGAGGAAGAGGAGGAGGAGGAGGAAUGAGCGGUACGACCGGUACAAGACUAACAGAUGAUAUCCCCUGUGUUUAGCCUUUAAUCUCUUCAAUGGGUCGUUCCACCAAUUAGGUGCUUUUCUAGUAGUGUAGCUUAUUUCCUUGUGACGGGGAAUGGAAGCAUGUUGUGUGCAACAGGAAGGGGCAAUUGAAUGCAAGCUUCAAAUAAAUGUUUUUCCUGUUAAAACAUUUCCAGCCUGUCUAUCUACGGGGUAACAGGGUGGACAUGUUCUUCUUGACCCGCUCAGUUUUCCACCACGAAACACCAGAAAAUGUCCAAAAAGAGUAGAACCAGUUCACCUGCUUUUACACUGUGAUUUGACUAUUAGAUGUUCAAUGUUCCUUUUGAAAAACAUAUUUGAAAAGGAAGAGGAUGCACAGAUGGACAAAAUGCAGAAUUUUGGCACUUUAGCAAGUCUUUAUUCAUAUUAGCCCUUUACACUGGCCUAUAUGGAUAGGGCUAAG